GUUAACGAAAGUCGCAUUUAUGUGUUACGGAUUUUUCUUUCUCUAUACUCUACUAAAUAAGAGAAAUCAAAGUAAUUAUUAUAAAGGAUAAGUGAAAUCACUUGGUGUGCAUUUAAUUCCAUAAGUUACAUUGUGAAAGUUAACUUAAAUAUUACUGUUUAUUAUAUUCCAUUUAAUGUUACAGCAACCACAGCGUUACUUUUGAUGGUGAAGUGUGUGUCUGUGUUGGUUUGUAAAAAAAUAAAAUUGGCGUUCUGGCUCCAGCCAGUGAUUUUACGUGAAAUAAUUAUUCAACACACUUGUUUUUUGUAAGAUGUCUAGUCCAACUAAAAUACAAGCAAGUCCUAAGGGUAUUCGUGAAGGCACAAGAGUUAUUUUGCGUGAAAUCACAGCGACUUUGAACAAUUCACCACCCUCAAAAACACAAAUGAGUGGUAACGAGACAUUGAAAAAAUCAACUCCGGAGCACGAAGUAAAAGUUAAGUUUGCUCGUGAAUUUGCUGAUGCAGAAAUCUAUCCACCAGCUGUAUGUCCGACAACAAUUAUAACACCAGCUGAAAGCAAUAGUAUAUCAACUGCAAGCAGUUUUCAAAGCUUAACGUCAACACUAAGUACUAAAAGCAGCAGUGGAAUUUGUGUAGACAGCCCGUCUAGAUCAAACGAUAACUCUUAUAAUAACUUGAACGACACUGGGCUAGACGAUUUAAUAUCAGCGUGUGCCCGAAUUCGUCUUGAAGACUCGGUUAUAAACUCUGGUGAUCAAUCAUUUGGAGACGUGACAUUUGCAUCAGCGACUGACGAAUUACAGCUAGACCAAACUCUUGAUGUCACUCGUUCGGGUACCGUAUCACCAGUCGAAGGCAAUGCUACUCAAACAAUUAAUACCCCCGUCAAUGAUACUCAAACUGUUUUUGCAAACAGCUCAAGCCCUUGUAAUCUGAACAGCACUUGGAACACAAACGCUCCGACAGCUGAUACAAAUGUUUUAGAAAUUGUUCAGAACAAUGCAACUUUAAAUACUUCAGCUGAACAAAUUUCACCAGAAUAUUCAACAGCACCUAAUUUACAUACACAUUUUUCAAUAAAGUCACCUGUAAAUGAGUCUAAUGUAGAGCCAUCGAAUGGUUCCCAAUAUCUUGAGGCUCUAGAAUCAAGUGUUACAAAUAAUUCUCAAGUGUUAAUAUCAUCACCAAUAUCAAGGGACGAUUUUAAUAAUAUCAGUAAUAAUAGCGAGUUUAAAAAACCAUUACCAAUCGAUGAUUUAAAAGUUUCAAAACAUGUACUAAAUACUAAUAUUGUUUCAUCAGAUUCAUUAGAAUCGAAUAAAUUUAUUGAAACACCACUAAAGAUUCCUGCUGAUUCUACUUUUAAACUAAAUGAAACGAUUUCUUUAGAGGCCCCGGGAGAUUUAGAAAAUAUCAACUCGCUGGCGAUUGAAACAAAUUCACAAAAAAUAACCACUGAAAAUAUAAGUACAAUACCAGUUACCGAUAAUAUCAGUGAUCAAGUGGAGUUAAUUAUAAAAACUCCUGAAAUAUUUGUUGAAGGAACAAAAAUUCCUGAAAUUGAAAUAUCAGAGUCUAAUGAAGUUAGAAGUGAACCUGUUUGUGAAUUAGAAUCAACUUUAUUAGUAGAUGGAAUCAAUUUCACUUCUUCUAGCGAAGAUUUGCAAGAAUCAUUAAAUCGUGAGGCUGAGCUAAAAGAAAAACGAGAGACAGAUAUCCCAGUUUGUCCAGUUAUUGAAGGCUUGAAUUUACCAAAUGAUUAUGUUGACUUUACACCACAACGUCAAAGUACCAGCCUAGUUUCUGGUAUUAUUCAACCAGACACAAAGAUAGAGGAGUCUUUUAAAAAUUUAGAUCUACCUGAAUCAAAGUUUUUCGAUGUCGAAAAUGCUCCACCUUUAGAUCCGCCCUUGGAUUUUGAUCAGUUAAAUUUAGAAACUGAGAAUAUUAUUAAAGAUAUUCAUAACUCAUUUACAGGACUUGAGACAGAAAAGUUUGUUCCUGCAUCGCCGGAUCAAUUUUGUGAUCCAUCACAAUUUGAUUUCUUAUUGGCGAAAACAGAAAAUUGUCGAGGGGAUCGUUUGAGAAGUGACUCGCUCUUCACUAAAUUUGAUCCUUUAGUAGCUGAAACAAGUAUGUUACCGCAAGGAAACGGAACAAGUCCUCCACCAUCAAAUGAUGAACGAAACGGUGAAAAAGAUACAUCAUUGCCUAAUAACAUAACGCCUAAACGUAAUCCAGCUAUUGCCGCUAUAGAUAGAUUAUUAUUCUAUAGUCCAAUGACUCCAGACAAUAUUAAAAUCCAGGUGUCUGAAAAAAAAGAAUCUGUUGAAAAAACUGAAUCUCCUAUACCUGUAGUUGACUCCGCGAUGGCUAGUGAAUUAGAAUUAGUCAGGUCAACUGUUUUACAAUUAGAAGAGCAGUUGGAAAAACAAAAGCAGAAUUAUGAAAAGCAAUUGGAUGAAAAGGAUAAAAAAAAUAAAUCUCUGCAAGACAUGGUGGCCCAAUUACAGAGACAAUUAACACAUGAAAUCCAACUUAAAGAUGAGAUGACUGCUAUCGUCGAUGAACAUGAAAAAUCGAUAAGCCGAUUAGUUGCAGAAAGAGAAAAGAGCCGUAACGACCUAGACGUUGAAAAAGCCUUUCUUUUAAGAGAGCUCGCGGAUACUAAAAAGCAUUUAGAAGCAUCAGAAGCGUCGUUCAAUGAUGUUCAUGCUAAAUAUGAAAAAAUUAAGCAAACCAUGACAAUGUAUAAUAGUAAUGAAGUUACCCUGAGAGAAAGUCUUGAAAACAAUGUUGAAGUUAUGAAAGGGUUACAAAGUCGUUAUGAGCAAAUAAAGCUUCAUGCUGCGGCACGACUUGAAAAAGCUAAUCAAGAUUUAGAAAUGAUGCAAAAGCAACACGAGUCAGAAAUAAUAAAAUUGCGGGCGAUGUUGAAGAAAGAAGAACUUAAAUGUAACUCUUUGACGGAAAUGAUCGAUCAAAAAGCUAAAGAAAAUAAAGAACUCACAAAAAUACUGGAUGAUGUAAUUGCGAGAGUUAAUCCAAGUGAUAAGUAAAUUAUUAUUAACGCAAGCAAUUACUUAAUAAUUAUAAAAUAAUUUUUUUUUUAAUAUUUAAUUUUUUUUGUUAAUUAAUUAUAUAUAUUAAUAAAAAUACAGUCAGCUUUUUAAAAGACUGUAUUUUUAGUUAAUAUUUACGCGAUAAACAAAGUAUAUUAAAAAAAUGAAAAUUAUAAAAUUGAUCGCGUUUGUAAGAUUAGUAGAUUAGUUAAGUGUUUUAAUUUUUUACCACAUACAUUACUUAUUUUUAAACAAUAACUUAAUUAAUUAAACAUUUAAUAAAAUAAACCCAUUCCUCAUAAAUGUAAAUUUGUUGUCUUGAAUAGUUAAAAAAGAACAAUUAUUAAAUAAUUAGUUAUUGAAAAAAAAAUUUUUUUGAGGUAUCGCUUUCUUGAUCAUUGAAAUUAAUAUCAUAUUUUAUUGCUAAUAAAACUAGAGUUGAAAAGUAAAUAUUUCUUUAUUUAUUUCUUUGCCGUUUAUAGUUAUUAUAAUCAAUUAUAAAUAUCAAUAUUUUCAUAAAAUUGAUAACUACUUGUUUGCAGAUGAUUGAAAGCUUUAAAAACGUAAGUU